AUGUGGAAGAAAACCUGCCAUGGCUGCAACAUUAAUAUCUUUUCCACAAACUAUACUGCUAGUGUAGUGAUUCGUCUCAUUCAUGGUCUUCUUGAUGGGGUAAUUCCCAUUGCUAAAACCAUCGUAUCUGAGAUAUCGAAUGAGAGAAACAUUGCUUUAGGAACAAGUUCGAUUUUUGUAGGUCCCAUAUUGUGUGGUUAUCUUUCUGAUCCUACACGAAUUCCUUUCCUUGUUGAUCACUUUCCCAUAUUUGAGAAACAACCGUUUUUGUUCCCCUUCCUCAUUUCUGCAGUUUUACUUGUCAUUUCCAUUAUCCUUUACUUAAUUUUGUCAGUUGAAACUCUGACAGAAGAAGAAAGAGCUCACACACAGAAGCUUCGAGAUGGUUUAAAAAAAGGAUUUAGCGCCAUUCUUAGGAAAUCCAGAUCGAAAUUGGAUUCAAAAGAACAAUUGCUUAUUACGUUCAACGAACAAUCUUCUCCUCGUCAUCUUUUCAAGCAAAAGGACUUCUUGCUUACGAUGAUUUUAUUCGCAGUUAUUAGUUUUAUUCAGAUGGGCGCUGAUACGAUUCUUCUCGUAGCUCUUGCCUCUCCGGUUCGAAUUGGUGGUUUAAAUCUCAGUAACGAUAUUGUGAGCUUGGUCAUGGGAAUCGCUUCUCCUUUCCAGCUGUUCUUAAUGCUUUUAUCUCCGGUACUAAGUCAGCUAUUCCCUUACAAGUCACAAUUUGGGUGGGAAAUCUUUUUAUUCUCCCUCUUAAUCUUCAUUGCUCCGUUCAUAUUGAAGCUGGGAAACGCUGAUCCGAUGUUGGUGACUGGAAUUUUAAUGGCUUAUUUGGCACUUCUCACAGUCAUUCGAGCCUUAUGGAUGAAUACUGGAAUUGUAUUAUUCGCCAAUCUGAGCUAUAAAGAAGUGAGAGGGACAAUUAUGGGGUUAGGACAAAUGAUCGGCGGAGUGUGUCGAUUUUUGGGUCCAUUGAUCGUUCCUGUGGUGUAUUCGUGGAGUUGCAGACCUCACAAAUGGAUUGAUUCUGGAUUUUGUUUCUAUAUUUUAGGAAUUUGUGGAAUGUUGUGCAGUGCUUUAGCGAUUUGGAUUUCGGAGGAGACAAACACGACGAAAGGAUCGUUAAAGAAGUGA